CACGUAGCAAAUCGCGGAGUCCGACGUAUCCCGGCAGCCUCUUUCCCUGAGCACCUCUUGAGCAUGAGUGUCUUCCGCAUGCUGCUGCUGAGUGUGGUGGCGCUUUUUGCGCUGAUGCACUCAUCUCCUACUAGCGCUAAACGUCUCGACCACGUUUCCUUUGAGAAGCCCUUCGACAACAUCGACGGCGAGGGUCUGCGUCAGAUCGGAGACAACUUCGUUUACGGCAGCGACACAGCCGUGAACCGCCACUUUGCCCGUCUUACACCCGAUCGUCAGAGCAAGCGCGGAUACAUUUGGGGAAAGCAGAAGCUGGCGGCCAAGGAUUUUGCCGCCGUGUUCACGUUCCGAAUCAGUGGUCAAGCAAAGUCCUGGUUCGGCGAUGGCUUGGCGCUGUGGCUCACAACGAGUCAGUACGUGCAGGGCGACAACCACGGCUUCAUUGGCGAGUUCAAGGGUAUCGGCGUCCUGUUCGACACGUUCGUCAACCAGGAGCACAGCGGUGGUCACAAGGAUGUGACUUUCUUCGAGAACGACGGCAGCAAGACGCUGGACCAGCUCAACGACAUGGAGAAAGUGGGUUGCAUGGCUCCAGGCAUCCGCUACCAUGAGAAGAACGCAGCCUUCAGUCCGUCGCUCAACAUGUCCCGUGCUAAGAUCACAUACACAAAGGCCGACCGACAAUUAACUAUCUUGAUAGAUGCUGACGCGUCGGGCAACUGGGUUAAGUGCUACAACCAGCGUCUAAACAUCGGUGAUGACUGGAUGGAUGAUGCUUACGUCGGUAUUUCGGCCUCAACAGGUGGUCUCGCAGACAACCACGACGUUGUCGCUCUCAACUUCUACGAUGACGUCAUUGACUCGCUCGCGGCACAGGAGGAUGAAAAGCAGCGCGAUGCAGUGGACAAAAACCUUGAAGCCACACUCAGUAAGGGUAACAACGACGACAAGAUGAAACUGGUCAAGCGGAAAUACGCUCAGUUGCUUGAGGAAUUCGAGUAUCAGUUCACAGCACUAAAGGAGUCGACGGAAAACACGAUUCAGAAGCUGAAGCAGCAAGGUGUAGAGGACGAGAAGCGUAUUGCCGAGCUGGAGGCUUGGGCAAACGGAAAAGUGGUCGAGCGUGUGCACAGUACAGUGAACGCUAUCCGCGACCAGGUCGACUCACAGCUGGAAGAGACUGUGAAAGAAACUGCUGCCAAGUCCAGUAGCUGGAAGACCCCGUUCUUCAUCAUUGUGUUCAUCAUUGCCGGUAUUGCUGCUGCCGGAUACAAGAAGUACCAGGACCUUCGCAAGACUCACUUCCUGUAGGGAGAUUUAACCCUCGUUUCAGAUCUUACCUCUGCUUGUUUGCAUCGGUGAUAGACGCCGUCUGUCAGUCACGUUAGAGACGGCAACAUGCAGAUACAGCUAGGAGAUGGGAUCACGUGGGGGACCAAAUGGUAGCUCGCAUUAUUGUUUUUUGGACUCACAGUACUUCGAAGUAUCUCUUUGUGUUGUACUACGUACUACUAUUAUGGACUGUGAAUCAAAGUUGGUAUGGUA